AUGGUUCUACAAACUAUAAGUAAAAGUUUUUACCGUAAAACACCAAAUUUAUUGCUCUUUAAUUAUUAUAACUUACCCAAAUUGAUAGUCAGAAACUGCACCGUACGUAGAGCGUUAUUUUAUGUUCCCGGUAGCAAUGAAAGAAAAUUAAAAAAAGCAACAACUGAAUUUAAAGUUGAUUGCAUAGUGAUGGAUUGUGAAGAUGGGGUUGCAAUGAAUCAAAAGGAAAAUGCUAGGAAUAAUAUUAAAAAUUUUUUGGACAAUGGUCCAGUGUCUAGAAGUCAACCUGAAUGGAGUGUUAGAAUAAAUCCAGUUGUUGAAAAAGAAUUGUGUGAAAAAGAUAUUGAUGUUUUACUAUCAGCCAAAAAUUUGCCUAUCAGCAUAUGUCUUCCUAAAGUUCAUCAUGUUGAUCACCUACAAUGGUUUUCUGAAAAAGUUUGGACAGCUCUAGUGAAAAGACCAGAAAAUGAUAGGGGUCCAUUGAAAUUAAUCAUUUUCAUCGAGUCUCCAACUGCUGUUAUGAAUUUACGAGAAAUUUGUCAGAAGGCUCUUGAUUUGUCUACAAUGGUUCCAUUAAUACCUGUUGCCUUAGUUUUAGGAACUUUUACAUUUGAAGACACAAUGAUUGACAUGCCUUCUGUUAAACAAGCACAAAAUAUAAUGGAAACUGCUAAAGCUGCUGGAAAAAUUGAAUAA